AGUAGGUUAGCAACCUUAUCUUCGUCCUCAUUUCUCAAGUUACUGCAGUAUGUUACGUUUGUUGAGUGUGGUUGUGUUAGUUUGGGGCGUCUCGGCGUUUGACCUUCUUGGUCAGGACAUGGUUGACUACAUCAACAAGCAACCGAACAUGACUUGGACAGCCGGCACAAACUUUGCUGGACAAAGCAUCCAGGAUGCAGUAAAACUACUCGGAGCUCUAAAAAACCCCCUGCUUAAAGCAAAGAGGGCGACAAUGUGGCACAACAUUGAUCUCGAGACUAUCCCAGAUACUUUCGACUCCAGGACAAACUGGCCUGACUGCCCCUCUAUUGGAGAUAUCCGUGAUCAAGGUGAGUGUGGAAGUUGUUGGGCUUUUGGAGCAGCGGAAGCGAUCAGUGACAGAGUCUGCAUCCACAAUAAUAUCAAGGUAAACAUAUCCGCAAAUGACCUUCUGUCUUGUUGUGAGUCCUGUGGGUUUGGGUGCAAUGGAGGCUUCCCUCCUUCAGCCUGGGAUUACUGGGUUGAGACGGGUCUAGUGACAGGUGGCCAGCAUGGUUCUGACUCAGGAUGUCAACCCUACACAUUCCGGCACUGCGAACAUCACGUGACAGGACCGUAUCCUGGGUGCACUGGAGAGGGACCUACACCUGAGUGCCAGCAACAGUGCAGGGAAGGGUACGCAAACUCAUACAAGCAGGACAAGCAUUUUGGAAAAACUGCCUACAACAUCGGUAGCUCGGCUGCCAACAUCCAGACUGAAAUCAUGAAGAAUGGACCAGUGGAGGCAGCGUUCACGGUCUACAACGACUUUUUACUUUAUAAAAGUGGAGUCUAUCAACAUGUUACAGGUGGUGCCCUUGGAGGACACGCAAUUCGUGUCCUGGGUUGGGGCUCUGAUGGUGGGAUUGGAGGAACUCCUUACUGGCUGGUGGCUAACUCAUGGAACCCAACUUGGGGUGACCAGGGCUAUUUCAAGAUUCUUAGGGGCUCCAAUGAAUGUGGGAUUGAAGAAGAAUGCUGUGCGGGGAAACCCAAAAAGCCUAAGCAUUACAAUGUUGCCUAGGAUAUGCUUUAAAGAAUGAUGUUUGGAGAACUACAAUUGAUUUUUAGCAUUUUAAAGUACAAAUCUGUGAGUUAUGAAUUAUGAUUAAAACUACUGUGCUGACUACUUGGUUCUAAAAUACUGAUUCCACAAUUCAAGAUGAUAUGAUUUAGUAAUAUUAUUGUUAUUUUUAUUGAUAUGUUGUUGUAAAUAAUAUGAUAGUAAAUAUGAAUAACAUUAUUUGGCCGUUGAUCCAUUUGA